GAAGUGAGCUGGCUGGCACGCACGUGGUUCGCAUCCCCGGUCUGUGAAUUGCUGCCUUCAGGCCCGGGAGGUGAACUCCUCAUCGCUUCUGCUUGUGGAGUUUCCUUUGCAGUGCUACUGAUAAACAUUUAGAAAAAUGGAGUACAUGAAAGAACCAGCAACCAGCAGCCAAGGGAACAUUCUCUGCUGCCAGUGUGGGAUUCCAAUUCCCCCAAAUCCUGCAAAUAUGUGUGUUGCAUGUUUGCGAACACAAAUUGACAUCAGUGAGGGAAUUCCAAAGCAGGUAUCAGUCCAUUUCUGCAAACAGUGUGAACGAUAUCUGCAGCCACCUGGGACAUGGAUACAGUGUGCUUUGGAGUCUAGAGAACUGCUUACUUUGUGCCUUAAAAAAAUAAAGGCUUCAUUGAGCAAGGUGCGCCUUAUUGAUGCAGGUUUUGUCUGGACCGAGCCACAUUCAAAGAGACUGAAAGUGAAGCUUACGAUUCAGAAGGAGGUGUUGAACGGAGCCAUUCUCCAGCAGGUCUUCAUUGUCGAUUUCACAAUGCUGUCCCAGAUGUGUGAUGAUUGCCACAGAGUAGAAGCAAAAGAUUUCUGGAAAGCGGUGGUCCAGGUUCGUCAGAAGGUUCAGCACAAGAAAACAUUCUUCUAUUUAGAACAGAUUAUUUUAAAACACAGGUUGCAUCAGAACACGCUACGAGUCAAAGAAAUACAUGAUGGCCUUGACUUUUACUAUGCUUCCAAGCAGCAUGGACAAAAGAUGGUGGAGUUCCUUCAGUGCACCGUACCAUGCAGAUCCAAAACUUCCCAGCGUCUGAUCUCCCAUGAUAUCCACACGAACGCGUACAAUUACAAGAGUACCUACUCUGUGGAAAUUGUUCCUAUAUGUAAGGACAAUCUUGUUUGUCUAUCUCCAAAACUGGCACAGAGCCUUGGGAACUUGAAUCAGAUCUGUGUGUGUGCCCGUGUGACCAGCACCAUUCACCUGAUUGACCCUAGCACUCUCCAGAUUGCUGAAGUUGAUGGAAACACAUAUUGGCGUCAUCCUUUCAGCAGUCUGUUCCACCCUAAACAACUGGAGGAAUUUAUUGUAAUGGAAAUCGACCUGAUCAGAGAUCGAAAACAAGGAGCCGGGGCAGGCAUACGAUCAAACAAACACACACUUGCUGAAGUUUGGGUUCAAAAAACAUCAGAAAUGAAUACAAACCAGCAGUAUCAUACACGUACUCAUCUGGGACAUCUGCUGAACCCUGGAGACUUGGUGCUUGGGUUUGAUUUGGCAAACUGUAAUGUGAACGAUGAGUUUGUUAACAAGAUGAAUCCUCACCAAGUCCCUGAUGUGAUACUAAUCAAAAAGAGUUAUGAUCGUUCUAAACGACAGCGUCGGAGGAACUGGAAGUUGAAAGAACUAGAAAGGGACCGUGAAGGAAUGGAUACAGAUGAUGAAAGGCAAUAUCAAGAUUUCCUUGAGGACCUUGAGGAAGAUGAACUUAUAAGAAAGAAUGUUAACAUUUACAAAAAGGAGAAUAUUGCUGUGGAGAGCGACACAGACGAGGAGGGAGCUCCUCGGAUCAGCCUUGCGGAGAUGUUGGAAGAUCUUCACAUAUCUCAUGAUGCCACUGGUAGUGAGGGAGCCGAGAUGCUGACGGAAUAGAGACUCUUCAAAACAUCUGGCUGGUGCAGUUUUUUUUUUUUUUAAAGAUAAUUCAAAACCUGCCCAAUUUAAUCUGAACCAGCUCAUGCAUAUUUCUUUCUAAUGGUGGAUUGCCGAGUCUGUUUUGCAUCAUUUGAAAAUAUAUUAUUAAAAUAAUGCACCUUUUAA